AUGAACCGUCAAUCCUGCAUUCGUGGUCGCUGCUCCGACUCCCUUGCAAUCGUCUUCCUGACCGUCUUCGCCUUGCCCUCCCUCUUUCCAAGCUUGGGCGCGGCAGCGUAGGGCAGGAAGCGGCGCCAGGCACCAUGGUGAAGUUUCUGAAGCCCAGCAAGGUUGUGGUCCUCCUGCAGGGCAGGUAUGCCGGGAGGAAGGCAGUCAUCGUCAAGAAUUUUGACGAUGGCACGCAGGGCAGGCCGUAUGGGCACGCACUAGUUGCCGGGAUUGCAAAGUACCCCAGGAAGGUCAUCAAGAAGUCCUCCGCAAAGACCAUUGCUCGGCGGUCACGGCUCAAGGCCUUCAUCAAGGUCGUCAACUACAACCACAUCAUGCCCACCAGAUACACCCUCGACGUGAACCUGAAGGAGACUGUCACUGCAGAGAAGAUCGAAGCCAAGCCAAAGAAGGUCGACGCACUUAAGGAAACGAAAAAGGUCUUCGAGGAGAGAUUCAAGACAGGAAAGAACAGAUGGUUCUUCACCAAGUUGCGAUUCUAAAUGACCAUAAAUUUUAAGUACGUGAGGGGACUCAUUUUCGGACCACCACCCGCUCAAGUCGUAUUCAGUGCUUCUCUCGUCUUUGUUGCUGGCAUGUCGUGCGAUUUGUGAGUGAGGGUCUCCUGAUCAAGCUGGUGAUUCGGCCACUGCUAUGCAACCCCAAUUUCGUUCCGUCUCCUAGUGGAGCUUGUACAUGGGCA